AUGAGAGGGAUCGGGUUUCAGGACUCCAAAGCUAGCUGCGCAACGAACCAAGCACAUGCAGCGAACCUCCGGCUUGCGCUCGAACUCCACCCGAUACCGAGCCACCUCAGCUCCAACUGCGGUAGGGUCAUCAGGAACCAGAGGAAAGGUCGUGGCUCGAUCUUCACGGCCCACACACGGUUGAACAAGGCACCUGCGAAGUUUCGGUCCUUGGACUAUGCGGAGAGACAUGGCUACAUCAAGGGCAUAGUGAAGGAUGUCAUUCACGACCCGGGACGAGGCGCUCCUCUCGCAAAGGUCGUCUUCAGGGAUCCUUACCGAUACAAGCUCCACACCGAGACAUUCAUUGCCAAUGAGGGCAUGUACUCUGGACAGUUCAUCUAUGCCGGAAAGAACGCCAGUCUGAACGUUGGCAACGUCUUGCCACUCGGCUCGGUCCCCGAAGGUACCGUCAUGACCAAUGUCGAGGAGAAGAUGGGUGAUCGCGGCGCGCUGGGCCGUACUUCCGGCAACUACGUCACAGUCAUCGGCCACAACCCUGACGAGGGCAAGACCCGCAUCAAGCUACCAUCUGGCGCCAAGAAGGUUGUGAAGAGCACCGUACGAGGAAUGGUCGGCAUCGUAGCUGGAGGUGGCAGGACAGACAAGCCACUGCUGAAGGCUUCCCGCGCUAAGCAUAAGUUCGCCGUCAAGCGCAACUCAUGGCCCAAGACUCGUGGUGUUGCCAUGAACCCCGUCGACCAUCCUCACGGUGGUGGUAACCAUCAACAUAUCGGUAAAGCCUCAACCAUCUCUCGAUACGCCGCACAGGGUCAAAAGGCCGGUCUUAUCGCUGCCCGGAGAACCGGUCUGCUCCGUGGUACGCAGAAAACGAAGGAUUAG